UAGAGUGACCCCAUUGGAUGUAUUAAUCUAAGAGAGUCCAUUAGAACUAGUCCUUUUUGACAGCUCUCUCUCAACGACUCACUGUCACUAUAAAACUCACCAUAUCAUGCAUGUACCAAAUCAUCACCUCCCCCAAAAAAGCCAGAAAAGCCAUCCAAGGCUCCUCUAGCCUUGAGCAAAUUCUCUCUCUUCAUCCCCAAUUUUCCAGAGAAAAUUUCUGAAAUUUUGAGACGUUGAGCCGAGCUGCCGAGUAGCUCUCUAGCAAAACCCAUGACGACAAUGGGUGGCGGCUCCUCUUGGGGCCGUCUUUGGCCUCAAAUGGCAGUGGCAUUAGCAGCUAUACUAGUUGUGGUUUCAAGCAAUGUGGGUUCAGUAGAAGCAAAUGCUUAUCCCUACUCUUCACCCCCACCACCACCAUAUGUUUAUAGCUCACCACCACCUCCUGUUCACUCUCCACCACCGCCAUACGUCUACAUGUCUCCACCACCACCGUCACAGUCACCACCGCCGCCUUAUUUGUACAAGUCACCACCACCACCAUCACCAUCCCCACCACCGACUUAUGAGUACAAGUCACCCCCACCGCCUUCUCCUUCACCACCACCACCUUAUGUGUACAAGUCUCCACCUCCUCCACCAAAAGAACUACCUCCGUACCACUACAAGUCUCCGCCACCACCUUCUCCUUCACCGCCUCCACCUUACCACUAUACAUCUCCUCCACCUCCUUCACCCUCACCACCACCACCAUACUACUACAAGUCCCCACCACCACCAGAACACUCCAAACCCCCACCAUACUACUACAAAUCCCCACCACCUCCUUCUCCUUCACCUCCUCCACCAUACUACUACAAAUCCCCACCACCACCAUCACCUAAACCACCAACCCCAUACUACUACAAAUCCCCACCACCACCAUCACCUAAGCCGCCAACCCCAUACUACUACAAAUCCCCACCACCACCAUCACCUAAACCACCAACUCCAUACUACUACAAGUCUCCGCCGCCGCCUUCUCCAUCUCCACCACCGCCUUACUACUACAAAUCUCCACCACCACCCAAGGCUCUUCCACCUCCAUACUACUACACUUCUCCUCCACCACCUACUCCUUACCAUCCCUACCCACAUCACCACCCAUUCGUGACGAAGGUUGUCGGAAAGGUCUACUGCUACAGAUGCUACGACUGGGGUUAUCCGGUGAAGUCCCACGACAAGAAGCACCUCAAAGGUGCUGUUGUUGAGGUCACUUGCUGGGCUGGCAAGAAGGAAAUCAAGGCAUAUGGCAAAACUAAGAUCAAUGGCAAAUUCAGUAUCGCCGUCCCUGACUUUGAUUAUGGCAAAUAUGGAGCUAAGGCUUGCAAGGCCAAGCUCCACGCAGCACCCAAGGGCUCACCAUGCAACAUCCCAACUAAGCUACACUGGGGCAACAAGGGUGCCAAACUCAAAGUGAAGUCCAAGACUGACGAUGAAGUUGUGCUCUCGGCUAAGCCAUUUGCUUAUGCACCGAAGACUCCUUACAAGGAGUGUGAAAAGAGCAAGCCACAUUAUCCUCCUCCUUAUGUUUACAAGUCACCGCCUCCGCCUACGCCUACUUAUGUGUACAAGUCACCGCCUCCACCGCCACCCAAGUACUACUACAAGUCGCCGCCACCACCCGCUUACUACUACAAGUCACCACCGCCUCCGGCAUAUGUUUACAAGUCACCACCACCACCAUCACCUAAGCCACCCCCAUACUACUACAAGUCUCCUCCUCCACCAUCACCUAAGCCACCAACUCCAUACUACUACAAGUCUCCUCCUCCACCAUCACCUAAGCCACCAACUCCAUACUACUACAAGUCCCCACCACCACCAUCACCUAAACCCCCAACCCCAUACUACUAUAAAUCACCACCACCCCCAUCACCUAAACCACCAACUCCAUACUACUACAAGUCUCCUCCUCCACCAUCACCUAAGCCACAACCUCCAUACUACUACAAGUCUCCUCCACCACCAUCCCCUAAGCCACAACCUCCAUACUAUUACAAGAGUCCUCCUCCACCAUCACCCAAACCACCCACUCCAUAUUACUACAAGUCUCCUCCACCACCAUCACCCAAACCACCAACUCCAUACUACUACAAGUCUCCUCCUCCACCAUCACCUAAGCCAGAACCCCCAUACUACUACAAGUCUCCUCCUCCGCCAUCACCUAAGCCACAACCCCCAUACUACUACAAGUCUCCUCCACCUCCACCAUCACCUAAGCCAGAACCCCCAUACUACUACAAGUCUCCUCCUCCGCCAUCACCUAAGCCACAACCUCCAUACUUGUACAAGUCUCCUCCACCACCAUCACCGAAGCCACAACCUCCAUACUAUUACAAGAGUCCUCCACCACCAUCACCCAAACCACCCACUCCAUACUACUACAAGUCUCCUCCUCCACCAUCUCCUCUCCCCCACCAUCACCCAAACCACCAACCCCAUACUAUUACCAAUCUCCUCCACCACCUUCACCUUCUCCCCCACCUCCAUAUUACUACAAGUCACCUCCACCACCUUCACCCAAACCACAACCUCCAUACUUGUACAAGUCUCCCCCACCACCAUCUCCCUCUCCUCCACCACCAUACUACUACAAGUCCCCACCACCACCAUCACCUUCUCCUCCACCUCCAUACUACUACAAGUCUCCUCCCCCACCAUCACCCAAACCACCAACCCCAUACUAUUACCAGUCUCCUCCACCACCUUCACCUUCUCCCCCACCUCCAUAUUAUUACAAGUCACCUCCACCACCUUCACCCAAACCACAACCUCCAUACUUGUACAAGUCUCCCCCACCACCAUCUCCCUCUCCUCCACCACCAUACUACUACAAGUCCCCACCACCACCAUCACCUUCUCCUCCACCUCCAUACUACUACAAGUCUCCUCCCCCACCAUCACCCAAACCACCAACCCCAUACUAUUACCAAUCUCCUCCACCACCUUCACCUUCUCCCCCACCUCCAUAUUACUACAAGUCACCUCCACCACCUUCACCCAAACCACAACCUCCAUACUUGUACAAGUCUCCCCCACCACCAUCUCCCUCUCCUCCUCCUACCUACAUCUACAAGUCCCCCCCCCCCCCCACACCCACCCACCACCUCCUCCACA